UUGGGUGAGAGGUGCGAGCAGAAGAGGAAGCACAAGGGUAGAUGCAAGCCAGCGCUCAGGCUACCCGAGCCAGGCUUUCUCCACACUCUGACUGAUUUUUACACAAAAAAUACCACAGUCAGACCAGAAGUAAACAGCAGAGAGAGAAACAAGGAAAUCUGAACAGAGGUCAUUCUCAAACAUGAAACCUGUCACAUGGAUAAGCUCACUGUCUUUCCUGCUAUACAUUUGUUUUGGAAGAGCAGACUACAGGCAAAGGAGACAGAUCUCUGUUGGGAACCAACCAGGUGUUUGUCGCUAUGGCAGCAAGCUGGAGUGUUGCUACGGCUGGAAGAAAAACAGCAAAGGACAUUGUGAAGCCCAGUGUGAAUUAGGCUGCAAGCAUGGAGAGUGCAUCGGCCCAAACAAGUGCAAAUGCUUUCCGGGCUACAGUGGGAAGACAUGUAGCCAAGAUCUGAACGAGUGUGGACUGAAGCCGCGGCCCUGUGAGCAUCGCUGUAUGAACACGUUCGGCAGCUACAUGUGCUACUGCCUGAACGGAUACACGCUCACUUCUGAUGGCUCUUGUGCGAACUCAAGGAUAUGUGCGCUGGCCCACUGUCAGUACGGCUGUGAGGAGGUCCAGAGGGAAACUCGCUGCCUCUGCCCCUCCGCUGGCCUCCAGCUCGGUCAGGACGGCAAGACAUGUGUGGACAUUGAUGAAUGUGUGACCGGGAAGAACCAAUGCCCAUACAACCGGCAGUGUGUCAAUACAUUUGGGAGCUACUACUGCAAAUGCCAGGGGGGUUAUGACCUGAAGUACAUCGAUGGCAAAUACGAUUGUGUGGAUAUUAAUGAAUGUAUAACCGGCACUCAUAAAUGUAGCCAUCAUGCAGAAUGUAUAAACACACAAGGAUCCUACAAGUGCAAAUGCAAGCAAGGUUUCCGUGGCAGUGGGUUUGACUGUUCAGUAAAACCAUUUUAUCGCAGCUCCUGGGAUGGGGAUAAAGGCAGUGCAGAUGAGUUUCUUAAUGCAAUCCCAGAUCCACCAUCUAGGCCACGAAUCCUUGGUGGCAAGCUGGACAACACCAUCCCGGAGCCUAAAGUGACUGAGUCACCCAGGUUCCGCCUGCAGCCCUUUGACUAUGAUGGUGAGGUCUAUGUUGGACUCCCAGUAGAAGGAACACCAGCGUUCCCAGUGGAGGAUGAGGAGGAAUUUGGAGAAGAGAAAAGAGAUGGUGGAGGUGGAGAGAAUCAAGUGGAGGGUGAGGAGCUGAACCCCAGAGGAGACGUGUUCUAUGAGUCAAUCUACAGUCCAGCAGAGGAGUUUAGGGAAAUCCAUGCAGCUUCUCUGCAGCAGAGACACCUGAUGGACUGCAACUUUGACUCGGGAGUCUGUGAGUGGGUUCAAGACAAGGAGGAUGACCUGGACUGGACUGUGCAUUACUAUGAGAAUGGACUGCAGUACUACAUGGGCCUCAGUGGGCCCGUGGGGAUCCGGAGGGAAAUGGCCCGGCUGAUACUCCUCCUCCCUGACCAUAUGCAGUACGCACCCUUCUGUCUGAAGUUCAGCUACCGCUUCACAGGCCGCCAGACGAGAGCACUGCGUGUGCUGCAGGACACUAGCGGCUCUGCUGUGUGGGAGCGGAGACACACCCACAGUGAGGCCUGGCACACGGAAAGUGUCACCAUUACCUGGACUGACACACCUCCGCAAAUGAUUAUCUUUGAGGGACUGCGUGGAAAGUUGGUCACUGGAGAGAUUGGGCUGGAUAAUGUAUUGCUCAUCUCAGGAUCCUGUCAUGAUGAAGCUACAGUCUUUUAGAGGAGCCCCCGUUUAAGGAGCUUGGUGUCCAUCAGUAGCUACUCCUCAGAGCUCACUGUCCUCAGAGAAGCCCCAUCUAAUACGCCUCAUUGUGCCAUUUAAUAAACGUGAGCACAAUACAGAAUUUGUAAUAUGCUGGUAUACAGUACGAUGUAUGAUGUCUUUCAUGCAAUGGUGCUUACAUUGUUUUGUUUCUUUCUGUGUAGGUUUUAUCCUAAUUAUACAUGUUUCAUUCAUAAUGUGUUUCAAUGAACAAUGAGGUGGUUAGUGAUGGUUGAUGAAUCUCAUGAACAGAGCUAUGAACUGAAACUGUGAUUUCAUCUUAGUGAGACAAAGCAUUUAACUAUAACAAAACAGCCUUUUAACCAUAACAAGCAAGUAUUUUAACUAUAACAAAAUGGGUUAACUAUAACAAAACAGGUUUUUAACUAAAACAAAACAAUAUUUUAACUAUAACAAAACAGCCUAUUAGCUAUAACAAAACAGAUUUUUAACUAUAACAAAACAACCUUUUAACUAAGGCAGUUGUAGCUCAGUGGUUGAGGUACUUUACUUGUAAUUGAAAGAAUGCUGGUUCAAGUGCCACUGUUGGGCCCCUGAGCAAGACCCUUAACCCUCAAUUACUCAAGUUGUGUUCAGUCAGAAUUGUAAGUCACUUUGUAUCUUUGAACGGUGAGUAACAGCAAAAUGCUGAUUUGUUAUGUUUAAAAGGCUGUUUUGUUUACAACAUUUAGCUGACACUUUUAUCCAAAGUGGAAAAGGUACACUAGUAUUAAGGUAACUGCUGAUUAGGGCUUUAAAAACAAGCAUUCAGAGAAAAAUAUUAAUCAUAUGAAACAAUGUAGCCUGUUAUGCUUUUUUUCAUUUACAUUUAGUAUUAGUAACCAUUCACUGUUUGUGUGAUUGUUAAAAUGAAAAAAAUAUAACUGCUGUAAAUUUUGCC